AUGACAUCAUUAAUUUAUAUUAAAGCUUAUUAUACAAAUUCCAAACAAGCUCAACCAGAAAUACGUCGUUUUACGAUUGAUAUUUCGCCAGAAAAUGACAUUUAUCGUGAUUUAACAAGCAAGGUUGCAACAUUUAAUCCUGAUAUACAACUAAAUGGUUUUGCAUUACAAUACGUUGAUGAUGAAAAUGAACGUAUCACAUUCAGUUCGAAUGAUGAAUUACGUUCGGCUCUAACAACAAAUAAGGAUUCGACAUUAAAAAUAUUUGUUACACCAAAUGCUCCACUAUCACCACCACAACAACAAGAAUCAACAACAAGUGCUAGCACAAAACCAGCUGGUGAAUGUCAUACUGGUAUCGAAUGUAAUGGAUGUGAAGGUCCUAUUAUCGGUGUACGUUAUAAGUGUUAUGUCUGUCCCGAUUACGAUUUAUGUGAAGAAUGUUCCGCUAAAGGUAUUCAUUCUGAACAUGAAAUGAUUAAAAUCUCGAAGCCAGGUAAUAGUUCAAAUGGUUCACCCUUUUAUCAUCCAUAUUUUCAUAAUGGACGACGUCAUUUCGGUGGUCAAAAUGAUAGUGGCAACAGUUCACCUCAUUCACAUCAUCGUCGACGAUUUUGGAAUUAUUAUCAACGACCAUCAGCAACGAAUAAUUCUACAUCAGAUCAAGAACGAGGUACUUCAACUACGCCACCACCUCCAUUUAUGCCCGAUCCACAAUUCUUUGAACAUAUACAAAAUCAAUUACCUCAAUGGAUACCAAAUGCUGAUAAUGCCGCUCAUUUGCGCGCACAUUUGCAAGAACAUUUUGAUUAUUUAAAACAAAAUGGUCAACAUCAUAUAACAAAUUCAAAGCAUUAUCUUGAAAAUGUUGGAAAAUUUUUACAACAAGCACUGUCACCGUUUGGAAUUGAUUGUGAUUAUUCUGUUGAUGAACAUACAAAACAACGGCAACAACAGCAACCGGCAACUACCACUACUGAAUCAACUGAAUUGCAAGGACAAGAAGGUACACAAACCACUGCUAAUAAUAAUAAUGAAAUGCAAACAGAAAAUGAAAGUGUUCCAAUGACAAAAUUAACGAGUUCAUUAUCAGCAUCUUCAGCCACUAGUGUCCCAUCACACGAACCAAGCGCCGUGCCGAAAACACCGGUCAAUUCUGAAUUACCAGCACAUAGUAACAACAAUGCCAAUGGUACAUUUUCAUCAUUACUUAAUAUUUUAAGAAGUCCAUCAUCGACUUCAGUUCCACCACCGCCAAAAAUAAAUACAAUGGACAAACAAAUUGAAGAUUGUGUUGAACGUAUGAAAGCAAUGGGUUUUGUUGAUACAAAUGGUGUACUUACAGAUUUAAUACGUACAAAACAAGGUGAUAUUAAUCAAGUUUUAGAUGCAAUUAAUCCAAGACAUCAUAAAAACUAA